AUGAAUACAGAAAGAGACUCGGAGACGACAUUCGAGGAGGAUUCCCAGCCCAAUGACGAAGUGGUUCCCUACAGCGAUGAUGAAACAGAAGAUGAGCUUGAAGACCAAGAGUCUACUGUUGAACCAGAGCAGAUUCGAGCCAACAGGGAAGUGGAGGACAACCGGGAGCCAUUCAGAAAAGAUUGUACAUGGCAAGUCAAAGCAAAUAAUCGGAAGUACCAUGAACAACCUCAGUUUAUGAACACAAAGUUCUUUUGCAUUAAGGAGAGUAAAUACCGCGAAUAAUGCAAUUAAAACAUACAAGUACAACGCCUUUACCUUUCUACCGCUGAAUUUGUUUGAGCAGUUUAAGAGAGCAGCCAAUAUGUAUUUCCUGGUCCUUCUUAUCUUGCAGGCAAUUCCUCAAAUCUCUACCCUGGCAUGGUACACCACACUCGUGCCCCUACUGCUGGUGCUGGGCAUCACUGCAAUCAAAGACCUGGUGGACGACGUGGCCCGCCAUAAGAUGGAUAAGGAAGUCAACAAUAGGACGUGUGAAGUCAUUAAGGAUGGCAGGUUUAAAAUUGCCAAGUGGAAAGAAAUUCAAGUUGGAGAUGUCAUUCGUCUUAAAAAGAAUGAUUUCAUUCCAGCCGACAUUCUGCUGCUGUCCAGCUCUGAACCGAACAGCCUCUGCUACGUGGAAACGGCGGAACUGGACGGAGAAACCAAUUUAAAGUUCAAAAUGGCACUUGAAAUCACAGACCAGUAUCUCCAAACAGAAGAUACAUUGGCAACAUUCGAUGGCUUUGUUGAAUGUGAAGAACCCAAUAACCGAUUAGAUAAGUUUACAGGAACACUACUUUGGAGAAAGAAAAGUUUCCCUUUGGAUGCUGAUAAAAUUCUGCUACGUGGCUGUGUAAUUAGGAACACCGAUUUCUGUCAUGGAUUGGUCAUUUUUGCAGGUGCUGACACUAAAAUAAUGAAGAAUAGUGGGAAAACUAGAUUUAAAAGAACUAAAAUUGAUUACUUGAUGAACUACAUGGUUUACACGAUCUUCGUUGUUCUCAUUCUGGUUUCUGCUGGCCUUGCCAUUGGUCAUGCUUACUGGGAGGCACAAGUUGGCAAUUACUCUUGGUACCUCUACGACGGAGAAAAUGCUACGCCUUCAUACCGUGGCUUCCUCAACUUCUGGGGCUACAUCAUCGUCCUUAACACCAUGGUGCCCAUCUCCCUGUAUGUCAGCGUGGAAGUGAUUCGUCUCGGACAGAGUCAUUUCAUUAACUGGGACCUGCAGAUGUACUAUUCUGAGAAGGACACACCCGCAAAGGCUAGAACCACUACGCUGAAUGAGCAGCUUGGGCAGAUCCAUUAUAUCUUCUCUGAUAAAACGGGGACACUCACACAAAAUAUCAUGACCUUUAAAAAGUGCUGCAUCAACGGGCAGAUUUAUGGAGACCAUCGGGAUGCUUCGCAACACAAUCACAACAAAAUAGAGCAAGUUGAUUUUAGCUGGAACACGUUUGCUGAUGGGAAGUUUGCCUUUUACGACCACUAUCUCAUUGAGCAGAUCCAGUCGGGGAAGGAGCAGGAAGUCCGGCAGUUCUUCUUCCUGCUUGCGGUUUGUCACACGGUCAUGGUGGACAGAAACGACGGUCAGCUCAACUACCAGGCCGCCUCUCCCGACGAGGGCGCCCUGGUCAGCGCGGCCAGGAACUUCGGCUUCACCUUCCUCGCCAGGACCCAGAACACCAUCACCAUCAGCGAGCUGGGCACCGAGAGGACCUACAGCGUCCUCGCCAUCUUGGACUUCAACAGCGACCGGAAGCGGAUGUCCAUCAUCAUACGAACCCCAGAAGGCAAUAUCAGGCUGUAUUGUAAAGGUGCUGACACUGUAAUUUAUGAACGGUUACAUCAGAUGAAUCCUUCAAAGCAAGAAACACAGGAUGCCUUGGAUAUCUUUGCAAGUGAAACUCUCAGAACCCUGUGCCUUUGCUAUAAGGAAAUUGAAGAAAAAGAAUUUGCAGAAUGGAAUAAAAAGUUUAUGGCUGCCAGUGUGGCCACAACCAACCGGGAUGAAGCUCUGGAUAAAGUGUAUGAGGAGAUUGAAAAAGACUUAAUUCUAUUAGGAGCUACAGCUAUUGAAGACAAGCUACAAGAUGGCGUCCCAGAAACCAUUUCAAAACUUGCAAAAGCUGACAUUAAGAUCUGGGUGCUUACUGGAGACAAAAAGGAAACUGCCGAAAAUAUAGGAUUUGCUUGUGAACUUCUGACUGAAGACACCACUAUCUGCUACGGGGAAGAUAUCAAUUCUCUUAUUCACACGAGGAUGGAAAACCAGAGAAAUAGAGGUGGAGUCUAUGCAAAAUUUGCACCUCCUGUGCAUGAACCCUUUUUCCCGGCUGGCGGAAACCGCGCCUUAAUCAUCACUGGUUCUUGGCUGAAUGAGAUUCUUCUAGAGAAGAAGACCAAGAGAAGUAAGAUUCUGAAUCUGAAGUUCCCAAGGACAGAGGAGGAAAGACGGAUGCGGACGCAAAGCAAAAGAAGGCUGGAAGCUAAGAAAGAGCAGCGGCAGAAGAACUUCGUGGACCUGGCCUGCGAGUGCAGCGCCGUCAUCUGCUGCCGCGUCACCCCCAAGCAGAAGGCCAUGGUGGUGGACCUGGUGAAGAGGUACAAGAAGGCCAUCACGCUGGCCAUCGGAGACGGCGCCAACGACGUGAACAUGAUCAAAACUGCCCACAUUGGCGUUGGGAUCAGUGGACAAGAAGGAAUGCAGGCCGUCAUGUCGAGUGACUACUCCUUCGCUCAGUUCCGGUAUCUGCAGAGGCUGCUGCUGGUGCAUGGGCGCUGGUCUUACAUAAGAAUGUGCAAGUUCCUGCGCUACUUCUUUUACAAAAACUUUGCGUUUACUUUGGUUCAUUUCUGGUACUCCUUCUUCAAUGGCUACUCUGCACAGACUGCGUACGAGGACUGGUUCAUCACCCUCUACAACGUGCUGUACUCCAGCCUGCCUGUGCUGCUCAUGGGGCUGCUCGACCAGGACGUGAGUGACAAACUGAGCCUCCGAUUCCCCGGGUUAUACGUAGUGGGACAAAGAGACUUACUGUUCAACUAUAGGAGAUUCUUCGUGAGCUUGUUGCACGGGAUCUUGACGUCAAUGAUCCUCUUCUUCAUACCUCUUGGAGCUUAUCUGCAAACCGUGGGGCAGGACGGAGAGGCGCCAUCUGACUACCAGUCUUUUGCUGUCACCAUUGCCUCUGCUCUUGUAAUAACAGUCAAUUUCCAGAUUGGCUUGGAUACUUCUUAUUGGACUUUUGUGAAUGCUUUUUCAAUUUUUGGAAGCAUUGCACUUUAUUUUGGCAUCAUGUUUGACUUUCAUAGUGCUGGAAUACAUGUUCUCUUUCCAUCUGCCUUUCAAUUUACAGGCACAGCUUCCAACGCCCUGAGACAGCCGUACAUUUGGUUGACCAUCAUCUUGACCGUUGCGGUGUGCUUGCUGCCCGUCAUUGCCAUACGGUUCCUGUCCAUGACCAUCUGGCCAUCAGAAAGUGAUAAGAUCCAGAAGCACCGCAAGCGGCUCAAGGCGGAGGAGCAGUGGCAGCGGCGGCAGAGCGUGUUCCGGCGGGGCGCGUCGUCGCGGCGCUCGGCCUACGCCUUCUCGCACCAGCGCGGCUACGCCGACCUCAUCUCCUCCGGCCGCAGCAUCCGCAAGAAGCGCGCCCCGCUCGACGCCAUCGUGGCCGAGGGCACGGCCGAGUACCGGCGGCGCGUGGACAGCUGAGGCUGCUCUCCGCGGGGAGCUGUCUGGUUUUUUUUUUUAUGCAAGACUCUCAGGACUUUUUUGUUCAUUGAUUUUUUUUUUUUUGUAGCAAACAUCCAGAAGACAAUAACCUUUGUUAGCAAACUGCUUGGUUGGGGCUAUCCAUAGCACAGCCCAGGCUCCCCUUCUAAAAGUCCUAUUAUUCAGCUGCUUACGUUCAUGACGGUUCGAAGGGAACAUUUCAUCCAGUCUCGGUCCAGGGCAGUAGGACUAGAAAGCAUGUGAUAUUUCAUUUCAGGUGGCGUUGCAUUAAAAAAUUACAAUUAAACUUCCCUAUGGGGAAUUCAUGCUGAAGAUCGGACUCCUUUGUAUCUUUAGGCCACCUUAGAGGUGGGUUUUUUUGUUUUUGUUUUUUUUUUUUUUUUUGGUUAAAUAAGUAAUGACAAGACUCAUGAAUGUUCAUGUGGAAGCUAAGUGGUCCAAUGACUUUUUCAAAGUUGAUAAUAGACUGUGUGGUUUCAUAAUUCUGUACAAUCAAGGAAAAUUACUUCCAAUUUCACAAUCCUAAGACUUCAGUCGGUUUUUGGUUUACUAUCACCUAUUUUAGCAACUUCCUGUAGCACCAAGUGACUUGAUUCUCUUGUUUUUAAAAUGUAUCUAAAUAUUUACGAGAUUUAAAAAAAACUGUUUAAAAAACUGAGGAUUAUCAGUGGUAAGUUGCAGAACAUUUAGCAAAGCUUUCUUUUGAAAAGCAAACUUUGUGCCUGCCUAUUUGUAAAGUAUUUUAUAAGGGACUUGAACAGAGACCUCACUCUUUUUUACUUACAUCUUGAGAGAAAAGGCUAGUGGAGCACAUUUCUGAAACUGGGGGAAAUUUGGAAAUAGCUUUAAAUAAUUAUGGAAACUAUCCUCAAAGAGGGGAAAGUGAUUUUUUCCAAAGGCUUUUCUCAUUCUUUCACAUACUAGUUUCCAUAGUCUAGUGAAGACACAGGAGUGUUUUCAAUGAUUGUUUUUUAGCUUUGGGUUAUGAAUGUUCACAAUUUCAGACCCUUUGAAUUCCUGUGAGGAAAU